GAUAAAAGUGGCAGCACAGCAGAGGCUGAGCAUCGUGCAGAGCAGAGACCUGCAGCCACCCAACUCCAGCCCUGCUCACUGUGCCAACGUCCUGCAGACCAUGAAGGGCCCCGCAGCCAUCCUGGCUGCUUUGCUCCUCCUGGCCCUCUGCUCCUCAGCUGUGGCCCAUCUGGAUGACUUACCCACAACCUGCUGCUUCUCCUAUGUUCCACGUCCCAUCCCACGCAACAUCAUUGCUUCUGCCUUCCCCACCAGCAGCAAAUGCCACCUGCCAGCAGUGAUCCUGGUCACCAAGAAGGGGAAGGAGGUAUGUGCAAACCCUGAGGAGUCCUGGGUGCAGAAACGCCUGGAACUCUUCCAGAGCCAAGAAAACUGACCUUCUGUGGAAUUAUAGAAUCAUAAAUCAUAUGGAUUGGAAGGGGACCUCGCAGCACACCCAGCUCCAGCCCUGCUCUAGACUCUUGAACCCCCCCCCCUCCCUCCCCCAAGCUCAGGGUGCCCAGGGCUCAUCCAAGCUGGUUUGGGCAUAUCUGGGGCACCCACAGCUUCCCUCCUAUCCGUCCCACCAAUGCUAAGGAAGUGAAAAUACAGAGAUGAUUCAGAACACAUCAAAAUGCUUGCCAAAGAGUCAGGAGCUCUGAUGCCUAAAUAAAAUUCCUGCAUUUGAAAACACUUUGCCUCUCUGUUGAAGCCCACCACCAAGCAGGAACAGCUCCAUGGAGGCAGCCAGGUGGCAGAUUUAAGGAUACCCUGCACAGCUGUUCCAUUCAUGUGAUACUGAUUUGUUUUGAUGUCAGAUGGCAAUGGAGAAAUAUUGGGUUUGAAGGGAUUUGAAGUUUGUUUUUCUUUCUCAGCAAAGAGCAUGGAGUUAAUGCUGAUGGCUGCAGAAGGAGGGGUGCCUGGUGGCAAUGAGGAUAUCAAAGUGGUCAGCAAAUUGCUGUCAGGGAUGAAGGAAACUGAAUCACGUGUGUUGGGCACUUGUCACCAAAUUCCCUAUAACCCAGAAGAGCAUGAAAGCACAGCUGCUUUUGAGCUUGUGGUGUGCAGUGAGGAUGGAGCAGCCUCCGUCCACCCAACUCCCAUUGGGGCUGCAGCCAUGGAGCUCCACAUCCCAGCCUGGCUCUCAUUGCAGG